AAAUAAUGUCGAGAUCAUACCAUUACCAAGUUUAGUAUGUUGCUAAAGAUCAAUAGAAAAAAGAUUCUUAGGCUUAUCGUAAAGUAAAUAAAUUUCUUAUUAGUAUAGUCACAUCAUAAUUAUGAUGGAUAUUCAAGAAAAUAUUACAACAAUCGUUAACAUUAUUAAAAUGAUAAUAAAAGAGUGGAAUACGAAUGUAUUAUUAGUAUUAUAAUAAUUAUUAGAGAAAUAAUAAAUAUGUUAACCUUAAAAUAAUGUUUAUGAUGCAAAAUUAUUAGUUUCAGCUUAUCAAGAAUAUUUAUAACCUCCUGAAGACAUCAUUUAGCUAACAAAAAAAAUACCAGAAUUAUUUGCAACAAAACCAUUCAAACCUAUUUCAUAAACAGCACAAUACAAUCAUAGCGAUGAAGAAGAACCUUAAUGGAUGCAAGAGUCUUAAUUUAAUACACCUUUUUAAUUAAAUGAUAUAGAAAAAGAAAUUCAAUAAAAAAGAGAACAGUAUUAAAAAGAUCAUGGAACAUAUGAAAAAAAAUAGGAAUAAAAAAGAUAAUAAAUUGAAGAAUUUUAGAAUCAUCAACAAGCAAUUAAUAGUAUUGAAAUCGAAAAAUAAAAGUACAGAGAAAAAAGAGAAAAUGAAUUAAAAUAAUCUUAAGCUGCAAUUGAAACUAAGUAAAAAUUGAAUGAGAUCUUUUCUAUAAAUAUUGAACCUCAAUAAAAUCCUAAAGAAAUUAAUCAAAAGAUAUUAACAGUAGAAGAAAUAGAAAAGCAACAAUUAUCCAAAUAAACUAAGAGUAAUAAUAAUCAAGAAGAAGCUUUGAAAUUUUAAGAAACAUAUAUUAGUGAUGAUGAAUUAAAUCUACUUUUAGGUCUUAAUAACAAUAAUUUAAACUCUAACUCUCUAACUGAAGAAUAGAUGCCUUUUAAUCUUUUUAAGAGUGAAUAAAUUAAAACUUAACCAUUUUCUAUUCAAGCUCAAUUACACAAUAAAGACAUUAAUGAAUCAUUAUGGUUUUAUAUUGAUAAAUAAAACAAAGUAAUUUGGAUUUUUUAUUUAGACUUAAGGAGGGUUUCCAACUAAAAAUAUGGAUAUUUGGUAUUCUUAAAAUUAUUUAAAACCUAAUCUCAUGAUAUCAUGGGGUUCUCCUGGAAAAUGGAUAUAUUUAGAAUAAUAUUUAAACAAUUUAUAAAUGAUAUUAUAAGGAACCUUAGAUAAAUUAAAAGCUAUGGAUCCUUUGGCAAUUGAUUAAACUAAAGCUUAUAAGCCUGUUCAAUUAAAUUAACAAUAAUCAUGGAAUAAUCAUUAACAUUAUGUUUAAAAUAACAACAAUAAUAGGUAUUAGUAUAAUAAUUAUAAUAAUUAAUAUGGAUAAUAAAGAAAUAGAAAUAAUUAAAAUAGAGCUAUAUUUUAGAUUGGACAAAAAGAUUAAUAGUAAAUGUAUAAUAAUUAGUAUUAUUAUUCAAAUGGAAAUUAAUACGAAUAAUCAGGUGAAGGAUUUAUUCUUGAUCCAAAGAGUUUUCCAACACCUGAUGAAAAAUGA